CUGUGAAUCUUCUCUGCAGCAUCAUAAUCUAGGUUUGACAUCCCAAGUACAGAGUAGCAGCUGACGAGUCUCUAACCCGAUAGUUGACGGGUGUCAGUCUUCACAGCAUCAGUAUCAGGGACAGGUACUGCACCAUGGGUAAGCCAGCAGGUGUGCUGAUGUUCCUCCUGGUCAUCCUUAAGGUGUUGGGAACAGCAGCAACUGACUGCUGGUCCUGUUCAGCCACUUCAUGUGACUGCUGGGAUGAGGGCCUCACCAGUGUUCCUCAGGACCUGCCAACAACCAUUACACGGCUGAAUUUGAGAGAGAAUCGAAUCACAACUUUAAGUCAGUCUGAUUUUUCACGUUAUAGGAGCUUAGAAACUUUAGGACUUGAUGUCAAUGACAUUUCUACCAUCAAUAACCAGGCAUUCUAUCACUUGUCAAACUUGAUCAGCUUAGAUCUCUCCUAUAACUGCCUUACAACCCUCAGACCUGACAUGUUCACAGGGCUGGGGAACUUGGAGAACCUUGAUCUGCGCGGUAAUGACAUUAGUGACAUUCAGGCUGGAACUUUUGAUCAUACACCACAACUGAGAACCUUGAACCUGCGUCUUAACAGGUUAACAAUCCUUAGAGCCGGCAUGUUCACGGGGCUGGGGAACUUGGAGCAACUUGAGCUGCAAAAUAAUGACAUCAGUGAUAUUCAGGCUGGAACUUUUAAUUCAACACCACAACUGAGAAUCUUGGACCUGUACAACAACUCUUUAACGAGCUUCAUAUCUAGCCUCAAUCCCAUGCCACAGCUGAGAACCUUGCACCUGUAUUACAACAAGUUAACAACCCUCAGAUCUGACAUGUUCACAGGGCUGGGAAACUUGGAGGGCCUUUACCUGUACAAUAAUAACAUAAGUGACAUUCAGGCUGGAACUUUCGAUACAACACCACAACUGAGAGAGUUGUGGCUGGUUGACAACAAGUUAACAAUCCUCAGAGCUGACAUGUUCACAGGGCUGGGGAACUUGGAGAGGCUUCAUCUGGACAUAAAAAUUGACAACAACCCCUGGCAGUGUGACUGUAGGAUGGUUGACUUUAGGUUGAAAAUGACAGGGUCUCAUCCUUUUGAAAACCAAAUUAAUUGUUCCCAACCUGACAACUUUUAUGGACAAAAGUUGAUAGAUAUCAAUCCAACAGAUCUGAUCUGUGAAGCACCGACCAUUGCAAAGUUUCAAACAAUUGUUAACAUCCCCUUGGUGCAAGGAAGUAUCAAUUUAUUCUGUGAAGCAUCAGGAAUCCCCACACCAGACAUCACAGUCACUCUCCCAUCUGGACUGAAUACUACUGUUCUUUCGGUUGGAAGGGUGACUGUUGAUGUGAAUGGUAACAUUGUCAUAAGAAAUGCUACAUCAGCAGAUGUUGGCCUGUACACUUGUAUUGCAGCAAAUCUUGUUGGGUCCACAUUUGCCAGACUGUCCAUUGAUGUAGUUUAUGAAGAGCCAACUAUUGUGAGGUUUAACAGUGUUAACACUUUGGUACAAGAAGAGACUCUCCGUUUGGUUUGUGAAGCAUCAGGAAUCCCCACACCAGACAUCACAGUUAUUCUCCCAUCUGGGCAACAUGCUACUGCAGAUAUGAACGGUAUCAUCACCGUAACAGACGUUACUGCAGCAGAUGCUGGUCUGUACGUCUGUAUUGCGACAAAUCUUGCCGGCUCCACCUUUUCUACCCUGGUUGUAGACCUACAGACAGUGCCAACAGUGACACUUCCUGUACUCCUUGGUGCUGUCUGUGGUUCUAUAGCCGGCACUGUUAUAAUUGGAGGCAUCAUUCUCACUAUCUGGUGCAAGAGGAACAACCAGAGUCCUCACAAAGGCCCAGACUUCAGUGUUGUUUAUAACAACACCAACACCACAGCUACCAUAGUAACCAAUGGGCAGGAUUUGACAGUACCAACUGAAACUAUGAGUGGAUCCUCGGAUGCCAAAGACACCCACCUCGUCCCACGGCCAGCUUCCUCCCAGUUCAAGCCUUAAUAUGAAGAUGUCAAGGCUCUUGCAAGACAUGCAGUUCCACGGCAAACUGCUAGAGGUCUCUCUUCAGGCAUCAGAAACCCCCAGCUUGUCUCACGGCCAGCUUCCUCCCAAGUCGAGCCUCAGUACGAAGUUGUCAUGCCUCCUGCAAGACAUGCAGUUCCAAGGCAGACUGCUAGAGGUCUCUCCUCAGAUGUCAGAAACUUACAUCUCGACCCACGGCCUGCUUUGGUCCAGUCCGAGUCUUACGAAGACGUGCAGCCUCCUCAAAGAGGUGCAUUUCCAAGCCAAACCGCUAGAGGGCAGGCCCUCCGACCACCCAACAGGAGCAACAAUGAACCUCCCCCAGUCCCCCUGCCCCACACCACUAGUGCCACUGGGUAUGAGAAUAUCCCUAAGCACAUCUACCAGUCUUUGACAACAAGCAGGCCUGAUAAUGGACAGGACAAUUUACCCCACUACCAGCCACUCAGAAGGACCUCAAUAGAUUCUGAAAACUCCCACCUGUAAGAUAAAAGAAAGCAAAUUAGACAAGAUAAACAACCAGCCUGAAUGUCACACAGUUAUGCUUAAGAUACAGUUAUUAUGUUUACCGAAGAAAAACAUACUGUUUUUACUCAGUUUCUUCCUCUUCUGUUCCGAACACUAACCUCUGACCUGACCAAUGACAUGAUUUGUUGAUGUCUGUCACCAUGGUAACUGGUGUUAGGUUACAUAAUGUUGCAAUUUCAUGGGCUCUACUCCUGUCACCAUAUACUCGUAGUACAUGUAUGUGAAUGUGUUUGAGUAACAGGGCAGACUAUGUCGGUAAACAUUAUGCAUUUGCUUUGCAAAUGUUACUUCUCUAGUUUAAUAUGUAAUAGUCCCAUGUAUAAAUAAAUGAAUAAAUAGUCAAAUGUAGUCUUAAGACAAAACACUCUUCAAUUGUAAGGCUUUAUACAAUGACUUGUCAUAUAUAGACUGAGAUACAUGUAAGACAGUCUGAUAGAAUAAUCUGAUGUAAGUUGAUUCAUAAUUUGAUGAGACUGAUAUGGGAUCUAUUCCUAAAAUUAUUUUAUUGGUUU